AGGCUAGGGGCGUUAGGGUUUUAAUCUCUGGUUUGGCUUAAGAUAAAAAAGCCAUCACCUUUUGUUGUAUUGUUGGCCGCAUAAGAAAAUAACCUUUUCCAAGUAAUUUUGGGUGAAAAGGGGGGAAAUCUGAAAAAUGUCUCUGAUGAACAAUCUAUCAACUUCAACGAUUUCUUCGUCUUCCUCUGCUUUCUUGGCUCCUAUCAGUUUCGAUUCAAGCAGAACCCAGAGUGUUGCUUUUCCACUGAAAAACAUCAAUGUUGUUAAAUGUAUUACCAAUCCUCAAGAACAGCAGACUGCUUACAAAACAAAGGUUUCUCGCAAUGCAAACAUUGCCAAGCUUCAAGCUGGUUACCUGUUUCCGGAGGUCGCCAGAAGAAGAGCUGUGCACUUGCUCAAGUACCCAAAUGCACAAGUGAUUAGCCUUGGAAUUGGCGAUACUACUGAACCUAUUCCAGAUGUUAUUACUUCUGCAAUGGCUGAGAGGUCUCAUGGAUUGUCUACACUGGAGGGUUACAGUGGAUAUGGAGCUGAACAAGGUGAAAAAGCAUUGAGAUCUGCACUUGCUUCGACAUUUUAUGGCAACCUUGGCAUUGAGGAGGAUGAUAUAUUUGUGUCAGAUGGUGCUAAAUGCGACAUAUCUCGCCUUCAGGUUGUUUUUGGAUCUAAUGUUACAAUGGCAGUGCAAGACCCAUCAUACCCGGCCUAUGUAGACUCCAGUGUUAUCAUGGGUCAGACUGGACAGUUUCAAAAGGAUGUUGAAAAGUUUGCGAACAUUGAGUAUAUGAGGUGUACACCAGAGAACGGUUUCUUUCCUGAUUUAUCCACUGUUGUCAGAACAGAUAUCAUAUUCUUCUGUUCACCUAACAAUCCUACUGGAGCUGCUGCGACUAGAGAGCAGUUGACUCGAUUGGUUCAGUUUGCAAAGGACAAUGGGUCUAUCAUAGUUUAUGAUUCUGCAUAUGCCCUGUAUAUGUCAGAUGAUAACCCACGUUCUAUCUUUGAAAUUCCUGGAGCAAAAGAGGUUGCAAUUGAAACAGCUUCCUUUAGCAAGUAUGCUGGGUUUACCGGAGUUCGUCUCGGUUGGACUGUUGUUCCGAAACAGCUUCUGUUCUCAGAUGGAUUUCCUGUUGCCAAGGACUUCAAUCGUAUUGUUUGUACUUGCUUUAAUGGUGCGUGUAAUAUUUCCCAAGCUGGUGGCUUGGCUUGCCUUUCACCGGAAGGGCUUGAGGCAAUGCAAGAGGUGAUUGGCUUCUAUAAAGAAAAUACCAAAAUUAUAGUAGAGACAUUUAACUCGCUUGGGUUUAAAGUGUACGGAGGACAGAAUGCACCAUAUGUGUGGGUCCACUUUCCGAGCCGAAGUUCAUGGGAUGUGUUCAGCGAGAUACUUGAGAAGACCCACAUUGUUACUACGCCUGGAAGUGGUUUCGGACCCAGUGGUGAAGGUUUCAUCAGGGUCAGCGCAUUUGGUCACAGGGAGAAUGUCUUGGAAGCCUGCAGAAGAUUCAAGCAGCUUUACAAAUGAAUCAGUAUCAUUUGACCCUGUUGCCGCGGUUUUAGACCCGAGAUGAAAGGCUUUCUGCUUUUAUAAUUUUUGCUCACUUUUCUGUUCGUAGCAUUGCUUAUAAUAUCGUAUCGGAUUCUAUGCUAAGAAUGCGGAGCAUUUGUUCUGUAACAUUCACUAAAUCUGUCUUUUUGAGCACGUACCAGAAAUUUCCUGAAAAUCCUUUCAAGAUGUGAUUAAUGCAAAAUAGCAUGAUGUCAAUGAAAUCCGAAACUUUCAAGAUCAGUCUUAGAUCAUAAUGCUGGUGAUGCCAACUUUGAUGUAUUAAGAAAGUGCUACAUGAUAUGUGAAUUCUCUAAAAUAAUA